UGCAUGCCCACCUGCUCUCUCUUUAUGAAGGUGAGAGUGAAAUGGGGAAGCCUCAGCAUUUCCUUAGCUGUCACCUUUCGCUCACGCCUCCCACACCACCCUUCUGCCCACAUCACGACACACCCACCACUGACUACUGUGUGAACUGUGUGUACUUUCUGUAAACUGGGGUAUCGCUUCAUUCUACCCGAAUCAAAUCCCCUUACUCAGAGUUGGCAGUCUCAGUAAAUGAUUUGGAAGUGAGAUAUGCCCGCAGCCCACCCCACCUCACGUAUACAGUACAGUAGAAAGCGGCUUGUGAAAGUGAAAGAUUCAUGCUCACUUUCUGUUGUGCGUAAUUUUUCUUUCAGCUGCAGUCUAAAUAACCAAAAGAGAUAGGAAGGCCAUCAGGGAAAGCAGCAUAGUUUCUGAAGUUUGUGUACGGGUUUCAGCAAGAGGGUUCAUAAAGGAAAUGAGUUAGCUUCAGGUGUGCUGGCUUCAGAGACUGAAAUUGCAUCUGCCCAAUAGAAUCAUCUUCAAUUCUACUUAAGGGAAUAAACACUGUGCUCCUAAAUCGUUCGCAGGAUGAAUACAUCACUUUUAAGAUGGAAAUGCUCGUGUAUCCUGAUCAUUAUGGUCAUCUGCUUUGUGUAUCCCUUGUCCAAAGCGGAUACUUUAUUUGAUGACAUGCAAUUACUGAAGGCUUUCAGAGACUCAUUUAUUGAUAGAAGAGAUGAUAUCAUUUCAAGUUGGUCUCAUUCACAGACUUCUCCGUGCAAUUGGACUGGAAUAAGAUGUGAUGGUCUAACAGUAAGCCAAAUAGAUUUAUCGUGCUCGGUGUCACCUUUGAAUCUUCCAUUUCCCAGGCUUAUUGGUGCAUUUAGAUCUCUCAAGCACCUUAACCUCAGCCAUUGUGCCUUUACUGGUCAUAUUUUUCCAGAGUUUUGGAAUCUCAAGAAGUUGGAGGUCCUGGAUCUGAGUUACAACAGGUUAUCUGGAAGGCUGCCUCCAAGCAUAGCUAAUCUGAAGUAUCUGAGACAACUUAUUCUUGAUGACAAUAAUUUUUCAGGCAGGUUACCUUCUACAAUUGGUCAACUGACAGAGCUUAAGGAACUGUCUCUCCGUGCAAAUUCAUUUUCUGGAAAUCUUCCUGAAGAACUUGGAAGCUUACAGCUGUUGCAGUCUCUUGACAUCAGCAGCAACAUCCUUUCUGGGAAUAUUCCUGCUAGUUUAGGUAACCUCAGAAAGCUUUUGUUCUUCACUGCUCGACAGAACAGAUUUACUGGACGUCUAUCUCCCGGAAUUGGCAAACUAAGGAUGCUUCAAAUUCUUGAUCUUGCAUGGAAUUCACUUACUGGGACUAUACCAGCUGCAAUUGGCAAUCUGAAAGACCUCAGGGUACUUGAUCUCCAGAGUUGCCGGUUUACAGGAAGUGUUUCGGAACAAGUUUCAAUGUUAAGUAACUUGACUUACUUGAAUUUAGCACAAAAUGACUUUGAUGGGGAACUGCCUUCAAAUAUUGGGAGGCUGCUAAAUCUAGUUUAUCUCAUUGCUCCAAACUCUGGAUUAACUGGAACAAUACCGUCACAGCUCGGAAAUUGCAAGAAGUUAAAGAUCAUAGAUCUCUCUUUCAAUUUAUUAGAUGGUCCAUUACCUGAGAGCCUGGCAGGAUUAGAGUCAAUCAACUCGCUUCUCCUUGACUCAAACCGCUUGUCAGGUCCUGUACCUGCAUGGAUUUCAAACUGGAAGCAAGUUCAGUCUCUCGUAUUAUCACAGAACCUCUUUAGUGGGACUUUACCACCACUUAACCUGCCUUCAUUGUCCCAUCUGGAUGUCAGUGCCAACUUGCUUUCUGGUGAAUUGUCUUCUGAUAUAUGCAAUGCCUCAUCAUUGGCCAGUCUAGUCCUAUCCCGCAACAACUUUUCUGGCAGUCUCAAUGGUAUCUUCAAGGAUUGUCUCAAUCUCACUGAUCUGAUAUUAUCUGAAAACAAUAUUUCGGGUGAACUACCAGGCUACCUUGGUGAGCUUCAGCUAAUUACCUUGGAACUGUCGAUGAACAAACUAUCUGGAAAAAUUCCUGAUCAACUUUGGGAGUCCAAAACACUUAUGGCAAUAUCACUGAACGAUAAUUUGCUUGAAGGGUCGUUAUCAGGUGCAGUGACCAAUAUCUUAACGCUUGAGAGGUUGCAACUGGACAAUAAUCUAUUUGGUGGAAGGAUUACUCCUGGCAUUGGAAAGCUUAAAAAUCUGACUAACCUAUCUCUACAUGGUAAUAAACUAACUGGAGAGAUACCAUCAGAGCUUUUUGAGUGCACCAAGCUUGUAUCUCUGGACCUGGGUGCAAACAGACUGACAGGUAAAAUCCCAAAAUCAAUAUCUAAAUUGAAAUUGCUCGACAACUUGGUUCUUUCAGAUAACAAACUUUAUGGUCCCAUACCUGAAGAGAUAUGCUCUGGUUUUCAAAAGGUUCCUUUACCAGACUCUGAGUACACCCAGCAUUAUGGCAUGCUUGAUCUGUCCUACAAUGAACUAGAGGGGCCUAUUCCCCAUACAAUCAAGCACUGCACUGUUGUGACAGAAAUCCUGCUGCAGAACAACAAGCUAAAUGGGAGCAUUCCUGAGGAGAUAGCAUCACUGGCUAACUUAACUUUGCUUGACCUGUCAUUCAAUUCCUUUUCAGGUUUGAUGGUUCCCAAGUUGUUCUCAAUGAUGAAUCUUCAGGGUGUCAUACUUUCACACAAUCAAUUACAAGGAUUGAUUCCUGAUAAUUUUUGGCCAUCACUGCCAAGUCUAGCUAAGCUUGACCUUUCAAGUAACUGCUUAAGAGGUCCACUGCCGCCUUCUCUAUUCUGCAUCAAAAGUUUGACCUAUUUAGAUGUCAGCAUGAAUUCUCUGUCAGGACGUCUCACGGUUGAUCUUAAAAGCACCAGCUCUCUUUUGGUUUUGAAUGUCAGCAAUAACCAAUUUUGUGGUACACUUGAUGAAUCAGUCUCCAAACUAGCAUCACUUUCUGUGUUAGACCUCCACAAUAACAUAUUCACCGGAAGCUUACCAGCAUCACUUUCAAAUCUUGCUGCCCUGACAUAUCUUGAUUUAUCACAAAACAAUUUCCAAGAUCCAUUUCCCUGUAAUAUCUGUACAAUACAAGGCCUAGUAUUUACCAACUUGGUUGGUCUUGCUGUUGGUGCCACAGUCGUCUUUCUGAUCCUACUCAUUGGUCUUCUGAAAUGGAAAACACAUGGGCAGGAUAUUAAGAUUCUUGACAAUGACAAGGGUAAGCUUGUGAUGACACCAGAGUCUACCUCCAGUGAGGGGCUCUUGAGAAAGAAAAUAAAGGAGCCCCUGAGCAUAAAUAUUGCGACUUUUGAGCAUUCGUUAUUAAGGAUAAAAGCUGCUGAUAUUGUAUCAGCAACUGAAAACUUUAGCAAGAGUUACAUUAUUGGUGACGGUGGAUUUGGUACAGUAUAUAGAGCAUCACUACCGGAAGGACGUAUAAUAGCUGUCAAGAGGCUUAAUGGAGGCCACCUGCAUGGGGAACGUGAAUUCUUGGCUGAAAUGGAAACUAUUGGGAAGGUCAAACAUGAAAAUUUGGUCCCGUUGCUUGGUUACUGCGUCUUUGCAGAUGAGAGAUUCUUGAUAUACGAAUACAUGGAGAAUGGGAGCUUAGACUUUUGGCUAAGGAACCAGGCAGAUGCAGUUGAGGCACUUGACUGGCCAACUCGAUUCAAGAUCUGUUUGGGGUCAGCUCGAGGACUUGCUUUUCUGCAUCAUGGAUUCGUUCCCCACAUUAUUCACAGGGACAUAAAGUCAAGCAAUAUAUUGUUGGAUAGAAACUUUGAACCACGAGUAUCAGAUUUCGGCCUGGCUCGGAUAAUAAGUGCAUGUGAGAGUCAUGUUUCAACUGUGCUUGCCGGUACAUUUGGUUACAUACCCCCUGAGUAUGGUCAGGCCAUGGUGGCUACAACCAAGGGAGAUGUCUACAGCUUCGGGGUCGUCAUGCUGGAGCUUGUAACAGGACGAGCACCGGUUGGACAAUCUGACAUUGAGGGAGGCAAUCUUGUUGGAUGGGUCAGGUGGAUGGUUGCAAAUGGAAGCGAGCAUGAAGCUCUGGACGCAUCGUUUUCUUCUUCAGCUGUGUGGAAGGUUCAGAUGUUGCAUGUUCUCUCCAUUGCAAUGUCAUGCACAAAUGACGAACCAUGGAUGAGACCUACUAUGCUUGAGGUAGUUAAACUGUUGAAGCAGUCUAAGAUUACAUGA